AUGUCCCGCUGGCUAACGCUUGCGCUGCUGCUGGCCGCGCUGUGCGGCGCGACGCAGGCCUACAGACGCACCCGCCGCUGCUACUCGCAACGACUGGAACGCUACUUUAAGGACGGCGACGAGUGGCGGGUGCCGGGCUGCCGCGUGGCGCGGUGCGUGCGCGGCCGCGCGUACUUCAGCAAGUGCGAGCCGGUGGCCGCCGACCCCCCGCAACCCGGCUGCCAGCUGUUGAAGGGCGACCCCACGGCCGACCACCCCGACUGCUGCGAGCGGUGGCUGUGCCCCGAGCCCGGCCAGUGCGUGGCACCAGCGCUGCAGAGACUGGUUCCAGUCGGUCACCGCUGGACCGAGCCGCCAUGCGCCAGGGCCGAAUGCACGGAACGCGGCGUGGGGGUCGUGGGGUGCCCGGCGUUCCCGACGUCACCGGGGUGCAGCGUUGAGCCGGGGGUGCCGGGUGGCGAGUACCCCACCUGCUGUCCCCGCGAGAACUGCACCGAGGCAAAACCGUGCUACGACAAGUAUCUGGACCGGCGCUUCGCCGUGGGCGAGCGGUGGACGCUGCCGGAGUGCAGCGGUGUGGCGGAAUGCGAGGAGGGCGGCGCCGUGGGUGCAGUCGGCUGCCCGCUCAGCGCAGUCGCUCCCGGCGUUCCGUGCGCUCUGGAUGACGGCGAGCUGGGGCUGGAGUACCCACAGUGCUGCCCCAAGAUCACCUGCCCGGACUGCUACUCGCGGAAGCUGGAGCGGUACUUCGGACCGGGCGACGAGUGGACCGACGAGGGCUGCACACUGAGCCGCUGUAACUUGCACGAGGACGGGUCGGUGGACGUCUCCCACCUGCCCUGCGGCCUGCUCGGACCGCCGCCGGCGCCCGACUGUCGGCUAGUCGCGGAGGACUCGGCCGGAGAAUACCCGGGCUGCUGUGCACACUUCAUCUGCCCUAAUCACUGCUUCUCGCGUGCAAAGGACCGCUGGUUCGCGGUGGGCGAGAAGUGGACCGAAAAGGGCUGCACGCAGUCCGAGUGCAUCCAGGCCUCGGAUGGCGCCGCGCAGGUCAUCCAACUGCCCUGUGGCCAUCUCGCCAUCGACAGCCAGUCCAACUGCCACAUCGUGGAGGGCGACGCGGCCAGCGACUACCCGCAGUGCUGUCCCACCGCGCAGUGCGAGCCGCUGCCGUCGGACGGGUGCUUCUCGGAGCGUCACCAGCGCUUCUUCCAACCGGGGGAGACGUUCACCGGGCCGGGCUGCAGUCGGGCCACGUGCAGGGAGGGUGGAGGUAUUUCUGGCGUUGGAUGUGGUCUUAUUGGCGUUCCAUCUCACUACCAGUGCGCGCUGGAUGACGGUGAGCCGGGGCUGGAGUACCCACAGUGCUGCCCCAAGAUCACCUGCCCGGACUGCUACUCGCGGAAGCUGGAGCGGUACUUCGGACCGGGCGACGAGUGGACCGACGAGGGCUGCACACUGAGCCGCUGUAACGUGCGCGAGGACGGGUCAGUGGACUUCUCCCAGCUGCCCUGUGGUCUGCUCGGACCGCCGCCGGCGCCCGACUGUCAAAUAGUCGAGGAAGACCCCUCCGGUGACUACCCGCACUGCUGUGCCACCUUCAGCUGUCGUGGCCACUGCUUCUCCCGCUCGCAGCAACGCUGGUUUGCCGUCGGCGAGAGGUGGACCGAAGCGGGAUGCACGCGGGCCGAUUGCACGCAGACCGACGGCUUCGCACAGAUCUCCCUGCUGCCCUGUCCUUUUAUUGGCCUUGAUGACUCGGUCAAGACCAGCUGCCGGAUCGUGCAGGGCGACGCCGCGAGUGACUACCCGCAGUGCUGCCACUCGGUCCAGUGCGAGCCGCCGCCUGAGAAACCCCACAUCGCGGAUCAUUACUGA